AAAACGAAACGAUCAAAAUGUUGAAAUGAGAUGGUGAUGUCUUUUGUAAAUUGUAGUGAAGAAGUGACUGUGUGGAAUUUGUCUUGGACUUGCACCAUGUACCAGCUCUUUUGACGCCUUCGCCGAGAAUAGUUGGUAGAUUUCGUGAGCACGAUUAUCUCCUUUCUUGUGCUAGGGUGUGCUGGACAAACCAGCAGUGUCGAAAGCAAGAGGCCACUGAUAUUUUUUUCACAAACACGUCGGAGUGGUAGUGUUGUCUUUGGACAACCUUGUCUAUCCUGCCAGGGAAUUGAGUGUUCGUGAUUCUUUUGGGCCUGGAGUGAGGGAGCAUCACUCCAGAAGUUGUUCCUCUCGGGAUGGGGUUGACUAUCAAGGCGUGGACCGUCAGCUGCUCUGGUUCGUAAGCCAUUUGUGCAGGAAGACUAAGGGGAGGUGUGAGGUCGCUCAGAUCGGAGCAUGGCGGACGAUGGACCCGUUCUACUCUGCGAUGAGCUGCAUUUGCACUUACGUCACGUCGCCAAGGUGACUGUGGCUGUGCUGCUGCCGGAGAUGAAGGGGGUGAGCGUCAGCAUUUCGAACUGGGAGAUAAUGGAGAAGCUGAAAGCGCUGGCCGCUCCCGAAGUGUUCUCACAGCUGCGCGUUGGCAAGACAACACGCCAGAUCCUGUACUUCGAAGGAGAGCUGCCAUCACUGCGUGCAUUGCGCAAGGCCAUAGUUCAGCUUCAUGGAAAGGCAAUCAAACUAGGCGGUCUUACACAGCAGCUCCGCGUGAAGGCCGGCGAAUCCGAGCUCCACUUCCCGACCAAGAAGGACUGGGAGAGCUAUUUCCAGGACCGCGGCGUGCCGUCGUUCGACGAAGGCUUACCGGGAGACCGCUGUGACACCAUCUGUAUCCAGGGGAUCCCUACCAUGUGGAUGAUACCAGCUGGAAGCCGCCUGCCCAACUUGACAAGCACAUCCAAGGUGCGCGACAAGGUAGAGCGGCAUGAUAUGCUCACCAAAAUGCUCUCCAAGUCGUUUGGAAAGUUCGGCAAGGUGAAACGCGUCGACGUGAUUGAAAACGGGGCCGAGCUCGCGUCCGGUAACUUUUCGUCGUUCGGCCCGUCCACCACGCCGCAGUCGACGUUUGUCGGCUACGUUCAGUACGAGGACUACGCGUCGUUCUGCUCCGCCAUGGCUGGCCUGCGGGGCAUGAAGCUGGUGCAGCGCGUUAAAGGCGAGCCUGAGCUGGCCGUGCCGCUCGCCGUGAACUUCGACAAGAGCAGCCACAUGAGCGAUCGCUGCGUGCGCAAGCGCCGCAAGGACCUGGACCGACUCUACGAGAUCGAGCUCGAGGCGAAGGAGAAAGCGCAAGCCACUGCGGCGGCCGAGAAGCAAAAACGAGAGGAGAAGCUGCUGCAGGAGAGGAAGCAGAGAGAAGAGGAGGAACGGAAGCGCCGCGAAAAGGCCGCGGCAGAAGCAGAGCGCCAGCGGCUGGAAAAGGAACGGCGUCGGCAGGCGGAGAAAGAGCAGCGGCGAGAGGAGCGUCAGAAACGGCGAGCGGAGAAAGAAGCGGCCCGGGUGCAGCGUGAAGCGGAAAAGGAGGCCUUGCGGCUGCAGCGCGAGGCAGAGAAAGAGGCAGAGAGGGAGCGACAGUUACUGCUGCAGCAGCGUCGUCGAGAGGCCGAUCAACUGCUGAAGCAGAUUUUGCUAAUGGCUGCAGCACAGCAUCAAGUGGAUAUGCGCAAGGAACAGGAAGAAGAAGCUCGCAAGGAGCAGGUUCGCCGCGAGGAACUCCUGCGGAAAGAAAGGGAGGAACGCGAAGAACUGGAGCGCAAGCGAAAAGCCGCCGAGGAAGCAGCAAAGCGCGCCGAAGCCGACAUGGUACUGAAACAGCGCGACUCUCUGAUGGAGCAGGUUAAGAGUAUGGAAGACCGUCGUCUUGAGCUUCAACGAAGCCUUCUGCGCCGCAAGCUGGCUAGCGAGCGGGCGCUGCUGCAGGCAACCCAGGCAGCUAAGAGGUAGCCAGCGCUUCCUGACCUGCUGGCCUUCUCCUACUCGUAUGAUUGCUGAUUACUGUGACACAGGUUGAUAGGUGAGCAUGUAUGGUGUAGUGAUGGCUGGCUGCCUCUUAUCAGCUUGGCUGGCCACCGCUGCCUAUACUCUGUGCUCACCAAAGCGGAAGCUACCUUUUAUGGUUGCCGAAUUCGAUCGAAUCAUUUGCACAUAUUUUUUGGAGCGUUGGACAUAUUUUUUAACGAAACAUUUGCGUAGUGCUAGUAUCCGUCCGUUUGUAUUAGACUGUUUUGGUGUUGUGUGAACACUAGGUCAUGUUGAUUCAGUGGAUCGAAUUCUUCCCGACCGCUGCCUGUGCUUCUCUAUGCCAGUUUUUAUCUUACUCUACACUGGUGGGUUUUCUCCCGUUUGAGUCUGUUGAGGCUACUCAUUGAGCUCUUGUCUAUGUUCCAUAGGGUUUGCUUCUAUUGUGUGUACAUUCUGGUGUGAUAUUUAUGACAGUGAA